AUGGCUUCAAUAUUACAAUCUUCACUUAUAACUUGUUGUUCUUUAACAUCUUCAAAGAGAGUUAUUAAUGCAGCUAUCCAUCUUCCCCAACUCCCUAAUAUUUCAUUGCCACCAAACAUAAAAACCAGCAGAAAACAAAAACUUGAUCAUCAACAAUUAAUACUAGAAAACAACAACACACAAAUAUUACACGAUCAACAACAGCAGAAAUAUUCUAACGCCACAAUUCAACUCUAUGCAGUCUUAGAAGCUGUAUCCGACAGAAUUGAAAUGCAUCAAAACAUUGGCGAACAACGUAAUAGCUGGAACGACCUUCUAUUAAACUCAAUCAACAUGAUUACUCUAACUGCUACAACUAUGUCUGGUGUUGCUGCUGUCGCAAGUGGGGAAGGUGCAACACUUUUGGCUCUGAAAUUAUCUUCUGCUCUUUUAUUCUCUGCUGCAACUGGAUUAUUACUGAUCAUGAACAAACUCCAACCCUCUCAACUCACAGAGGAACAAAGAAAUGCUACAAGACUAUUCAAACAACUUCAGACCCAAAUUCAAACCACAAUUAAAAUAGGAAACCCUAGUGAAGAAGAUGUGAAGGGUGCAAUGGACAAAGUUUUGGCUCUUGACAAAGCAUAUCCACUUCCCUUAUUAGGAGCAAUGCUUGAAAAGUUCCCUGCAAAAUUUGAGCCUGCUACUUGGUGGCCAUCCAAAAAAGGAAAGACUCAAAGUAAGAAAAUGGGAAAAAUGAAAAAUGGAUGGAGUGAAGAAUUAGAAAUGGAAAUGAGGGAAGUUGUUGAAGUGAUAAAAAGAAAAGAUGGUGAAGAUUAUGAGAGACUUGGAAACAUAGCAUUGAAGAUAAACAAGAGUUUGGCAGUUGCAGGGCCAUUGCUCACAGGAAUUGCAGCUAUUGGAUCUUCAUUCCUAGGCAAUGGCAGUUCUUUGGCUGCUUUUGUUCCUCUCUUGGCUGGUUCACUGGCUGCUGCAGUUAAUACUUUUGAGCAUGGUGGACAAGUUGGGAUGGUUUUUGAAAUGUACAGAACUUCUGGUGGCUUCUUCAAGUUGUUAGAAACCUCAACCGAAUCAAUUUUGGGAGAGAAAGAUUUAGAGAAAAGAGAAAAUGGAGAGUUGUUUGAAAUGAAGAUGGCUUUGAAGUUGGGAAGAAGUAUAUCAAAUCUGAGGGAACUUGCCUCCAAAUCAGCUUCUUAUAGAAUGGAAGGUGCUGUUGAAAUAGAUGAAUUUGCCAGCAAAAUAUUCUAG